AACCAUAACGAGACUUAUAGCGCAAUUCACGUAGUAUCUCGUUGCAAACAACAUACCAUCAUGGCGGUUUGUUUGGUUGGACACCUAGUAAGACACCACUAAAACUGCAUGACACUAACAAGGCACAUCUCAGAUACCUAAACUGUUUAAUCUGUACAUCGGCACAAUGAGUUCAAGAAGGCCAGGGAGUGGCAGGCCACAAAGCAGGUUUAACCCAAUAACGGGUGAAGAAACCCCUCCACCAGAGAGGUAUGUGGACAGUAGGGCAGCUUUUAGACCAGGAAGUAGGCCAGAUAGCAGACCUCAAGAGGUUCCACGUUUAGAGCUUGGUAGGCUUGAGGAUGCCGACGCACAUCACAGACCACCAUAUCAACACUAUGACUACAAGCUAGAUACACCAAACACUGCUUCUACUGUAAGUUGGGGCACACCUGUUCCAUCAGAGAGAGAAAACUUUUAUUAUGGGGGUGCAGGAGAUUCAUAUCCUCAAACUAUACAGACACCAAGAAUGGAGGCUGGAAAGCAAAGUAGGAGACAAGACGAGGUCCCAGUUGUUGAUGUAAAGCAAAAGACAGUUCCUCCUUCCUCUGACAGACUUUAUAAAGAGUAUGGAAAAGAAUUGCUUGAAGCAUAUAACCAGUCCCACAUAGUUCAAGAGAAAGUGCACAAACACAUGACAAAGGAAGAUGUUGAAGAGGAGAAGAAAAAACAAAAAUUACUUGAUACAGUUAUGGUAGAUCAGCUGUCAAGGGCAGUUAUCAGUGACCCUGACCAGGACCAGAACAUUCCAGAAACUCCACCUCACCACCUCCCAGGGAUGUCUAGGGGAGCCAUCAGGCACCUGCACGAGUCCAAAGUGAAGACCACAGGAACGGCAACAGAGCAACUGCUUGCCCAAAGAGUUAGAUUUGGGGCUAGAGUACUUACAAGGAAUGGACAUGAUGCCAUCCGUGAAUUAGAGGGAUUCUUUUUUGCGGUGGACAAUUCUCUAACAGUGUAUGAGUUUAAACAGUUUGGUAAAAGUGCCAAGGCAUUACCAUUUAUAGCCAGAGGAACAUAUCGUCACAUGCACGGCAGAAGAAGAGGGCAGCCCAUCACGUUACCUGAUAUUGUAGUGGGAAAUAAUUUAUCUUUUUCAGUCCAAGGCCAACAUUCCUUGCCAGAUUCUCUUAAGAUUUACCCCACAGUGACAAUCAGAGUGACGAUGGUGGAUGAUAGUGCAAAAGAGAAAAUACUUAUGCCAAAUGUUUUACCAUCCAAGAAGGAUACUACUUGGGCUCAGCUACACAUGCCAAGUAAAGAGGAAUUCAGAGACAUAAGGCUGCUCAGGGAGAUUCAGGAUCAAGUCCGCCAUAAACUAAAGAAGCGUGGCAUCAGAACAGUGACGGGGCUGGGGUUGUACUUCCGGUCCGUAGACAAGACGGGGGAUGGGGUGCUGGACAUGGAGGAACUGAAGGAAGCACUUGCCAAGUUUAGGAUAGAAAUCCCUGAAGAGAAAUUUUAUUCGGUGUGGGAUGUACUAGAUCAGAAUGGAGAUGGGGUUUUAGAUUAUGGGGAGUUCAUGAGAGGUUUCAUAGGAGAGAUGAACGAAUAUAGAAAAGGCUUAGUAAGAAAGGCAUUCCAGAAAUUAGAUGCAAAUAAGAGUGGAGUAGUUACGCUGACCAAUAUGAAGAAGUUCUUUAAUGCAAACAAGCAUCCAUUAGUGAAGUCUGGGGAGGCCUCAGAAGCAGAGGUAUUGCAAGAUUUCCUGGAAUCCUUCGAGCAUUGUGUAAAGAGUGGUGAAGUGUCUUAUGUAGAGUUUGAGGAAUAUUAUGAAGGCCUCAGUAUAACCAUAGAGAAUGAUGAACAUUUCUCCAAUAUCUUGAGAAAUUCUUGGGGCAUUUAAGGACAUCAAACAUUGUAAAUCUUAAAAUUUACAUUUAUGCUUCUGAAUCAGUGAAUUUAAUAUUUCUAAAAGCUUUACCACUGCUAUUACUUUGAAGAAACCAUAGGGUUUCUAGUGUUCAGAGUCUUUGUUCUGCAAGUAGGGGCAAGCAUAUGAUCAUUUUGAUAGUGGGCUCAUGAUCUUUUGUAAGUUUACUAUUCUUUGUUUAAAAUGAAUUAAUAAGUUUCUUUUACAAUAUAUAUACUUUUUUUUUUUACUUCAACCAAUUAUAAGAUUGAUUUUAAAGCCUUUAUUUUACAUACAAGAUAUUUGGCAUUUUCCUUUUUACAUGUAAAUGUGAAUAAAGGCAUGUGUAUUUUCA